CCCAUUCUUUGUGUGUGGGUAACGAGCUGUCAUCUCCAACUCCUCGACAGACUGUUUCCUACCCCCCACGAAAUUCACUUCUUAUACAUAUAAACCCUCACUACUACCACCAUUUUCACCAUUACCAAGCAUUUCUUCUUAACCCCCAUCACUUAAAAAUCCAUUCUGUAAGUCUUUUUCAUUACUGGGUAUCAGAAAUUUGAUCGGAAAAUCAAGAAAUGGCUGAGGAAACCAAGAAAAUAGCUGAAGAAACGAUCCCUGAAGUGGUCGUUUCUGAUGUUACAGUGAGGGAGACACCUCAACCUGAGCCGGAAAAUGUGCCGGAGUCACCGGAGAAAGUUGCUGCUCCGGACACUGGAGAAUCGAAGGUUGAGGAUGAAAAGGAGAAGGAACUUGUUGUUGAAUCCAAUUCGUUUAAGGAAGAAAGUAACAAGGUUGAAGAACUUCCUAAUCCUGAACAAAAAGCAUUGGCGGAAUUCAAACAGAUGGUUCAAGAAGCUCUUAACAAGCAUGAAUUCACUGCCCCUCCUCCUCCGCCGCCAGCAAAGGAAGAGGAAGAGAAGAAAGCAGCCGUUUCCGCCGAUGCCCCUGCUGAGGCACCGGAGGCAGAGCCAGUUACAGAGGCGGCAGCGGCGGCGGCACCUGAGCCAGUGAUAGAGGCAGAAUCCGAGGCUGUGGCCAAGAAGAAAGUUGAAACAGAGGAAUUGGAGAAAACAGAGGAGAAAGUAACUCCACCGGAAACUGAAGCAACUCCGGCACCGGCAUCAGAGACACCAUCGGAGACAGAGAAGGUGGAGGCAGUCGAAGAAAUCAAGGAAACAAUUGUUGAAGUACCGGCUGCGGUUGCUGUGGUGGCCUCCACGGAGGAACCACCGGCAGCAGAAGCAGAGGAACCAAAAACAGAGCAAACUCUUCCACCACCACCACCACCAGAAGAAGUAUCCAUAUGGGGAAUUCCCCUUCUAGCAGAUGAGAGAAGUGAUGUAAUCCUUCUCAAGUUUCUUCGAGCAAGAGAUUUCAAGGUGAAAGAAGCUUUCUCCAUGUUGAAAAGUGUUGUCGCAUGGAGAAAAGAAUUCAAAAUUGAUGAAGUCUUGGAUGAGAAAGAAUUAGGACAAGGACUUGAAAAAGUUGUUUACAAUCAUGGAGUAGACAAAGAAGGUCACCCUGUAUGUUACAAUGCAUUUGGUGAGUUCCAAGACAAAGAAUUGUACCAAAACACUUUUGCUGAUGACAAGGAGAAACUCACCAAAUUCCUCAGAUGGAGAAUUCAGUUCAUGGAGAAGUCCAUCAGGAAUCUUGAUUUUAGCCCUGAUGGCAUCAACACUUUUGUUCAAAUUCUUGAUCUGAAGAAUUCACCUGGACUCUUCUUUUACAAGAAAGAACUUCGCCAGGCCACCAAUCGUGCCCUUCUAUUACUCCAGGAUAACUACCCUGAAUUUGUUGCCAAGCAGGUGUUCAUCAAUGUUCCAUGGUGGUACCCAGCUUACUACAGGAUGAUUAAUGCAUCUUUCACUACAAGGACCAAGAGCAAGUUUGUUUUUGCUGGUCCUUCAAGAUCUGCUGAGACUCUUUUCAAAUACAUAGCACCUGAACAAGUACCAGCACAAUAUGGUGGACUCAGCAAGGAGGGUGAACAGGAAUUCACCACUGCUGAACCAGCCACUGAGGAAAUCAUUAAGCCAGCUUCUAAACAAACCAUUGAAUUCCCAGUUACUGAGAAGUGCACAUUGGUGUGGGAAGCUAGAGUGACAGGUUGGGAUGUAUCAUAUGGAGCUGAAUUUGUGCCAAGUGCUGAAGGUGGAUACACCAUUCUCAUAGAGAAAUCAAGAAAAGUUGGGGCAAAUGAAUCAGUAAUCAGCACUAGCUACAAGGCAAGUGAAGCAGGCAAAGUGGUGAUCACAAUUGACAACCAAACUUCUAAAAAGAAGAAACUUGUUUACAGGUCCAAGAACAAGCUCUCAGAUUGCUGAGCUUUUCUUUUGUUGUUUCAUAGAUUUUUCUUUUGGGGGUUCUAUGGUUGAUAUCAACUAGUAUUAUUAUUUUGAGUUUUUUGGGGGUAUUUAUUUAUAUUUUAUUGGGGUUAUUUUUGAAACUAUUUUGCUGUUGGAUUGUUUUUUAAUUAUAUGGGGAACAUUACAAAGGUGUUGAGAUGUGGACAGAACCUUUGUUGGAAGUACUAGUUAUUGAUACAUUUUCUUCUGAAAUAUUUUGUGUAAAUCUAAUGCUGCCUGUCAUUUUCCUU